GGGGGGGAGGGGGGGGGGGUGUAACACACCGCUAUCCCACCUCUAGGUAAUUUUCUGAAGUCGGAGUAGAUAUUUGUCUAUAAAAGCAUAAGCAUCCCGCAACAUUUAAGUCUCUGUCAGUCAACCCGAGUAGAAUUCUUUCUACGGUCUAAACGAACUCCUAGCUUAUUCUUAGCUGCUCUCACGACUAAUGGCAGACCCAAAGCCUCUUCAAGGAAAGGUUGUACUCGUCACGGGGGCGGCCCAAGGAAUCGGGGCAGCUAUAAGCGACUACAUCGCGGCGCGUGGUGCAACGUUGUCUUUGGCAGAUUUGCAGAUAGACAAACUCAACGCCUCGGCGCAACGUAUUUCUGAGACUUACCCCGAUAUUCAAGUGUCGACAUGGACCGUGAACGUCACGGACCCGAAGUCCGUCGAGGAAUGGGUCAUUGCGUCAAAGGAGAAAUUUGGGAGGAUUGACGGAUGUGUUAAUAAUGCUGGAAUCCUUGGUGACGGAAACCAGAUAACGGAGAUGAGCUACGAGAACUGGUCUCGAGUCAUUGAUGUCAACUUAACUGGCGUUUUCAACUGCCUAAAGUUCCAACUACGCGCAAUCGCAGAUGGCGGUAGCAUUGUGAACAUGUCUAGCGCUGCCGGCAUACGCAAGAUUCCCAUCUUGCCAGCCUACGCAGCUUCUAAGCACGGGGUCAUUGGUUUGAGUAGAAUAGCCGCUGCCGAACACGCACACCGCAAUGUCCGGGUUAAUGCGGUGUGCCCAGGUUUUGUAGACGGGGGCAUGAAAGACGUGCUUUGCAAGGAAAAACCCGAGCUAAAUGUUGCCGAAUACCCAGUGCUAUUAAAAGAGUACCUACCAGUGGGUGAGGUGGCUGCGAUGGUUGGGUACCUCUUAGGCAACGAGAGCAAAUUCAUCACUCGGGCAAUUCUUCCGGUUGAUGGCGGGAUGAGUGGAUGAUUCUAUGAGUCAAGCCUGACAACACUAUAUCUUUAAGUCUCUUGUAAUUUGGAGGGAAUGUUCUACUUGUGCCGUUUGGAUGAAAUCGUUUGGCACCGGUCUCAUUACUGUGGAAGGUCUUAACAUACGCGAUGUAGGACUACGUUCCUUGGCCUAUUGUCUAGCUUGGACCAGAAUUUAGGGACGUUGACUUUACCCGAUGUAGCUAAAUAUCUGUAUGACCCUUUCCAAUUAUCUUUCCCUUUAAUGAUAGAGGAGCAAUAGGGUCUAGACUCUGCGUGAAUUCUAUGCUCUUAAUAAAA